AUGCAGCCAGCAAGCAAAGGCGAGGUGAAGCCGAUGACAGAUGAAGAGGAUCAGGGUCGUGCACGAUCAGAGUCUCAGGACAGAGGACAAUGGGCCAACAAAAGAGAAUUCAUUUUGGCCGUGGCUGGAACAAUCGUUGGUCUGGGUAAUGUGUGGAGGUUUCCCUAUCUGUGCUUCAAAAAUGGAGGUGGAGUUUUCUUGGUCCCGUAUGUCCUGUGCCUGUUUACCUGUGGAAUCCCCCUUUUCUUUUUGGAGGUGUCUAUGGGACAGUUAACCAGUCAGGGUGGAAUCACAUCUUGGAGGAAAAUAUGCCCUGCCUUUCAAGGUAUAGGCUACGGUAGUCAAGUGAUCCUGCUCUACGGUGUCAUAUAUUACAUCGUCAUACUGGCUUGGGCCUUCCUUUAUCUCCUGUUCUCCUUCAACACCGAGCUUCCCUGGGCCAGCUGUAACAACACGUGGAACACAGAGAACUGCAUUGAUUUGGCUCAGAAUCACACAGCAAAUGGACAGAUUUUGGGGAAUGCAACAUCUUCGGUUCAGGAAUUCUGGCAAAGAAGGAUCUUGGGCUUGUCUGGAGGAAUCGAGGAGAUGGGUAGUAUGCGCUGGGAUCUGGCUGGGUUUCUUCUGCUAAGCUGGAUUAUCUGUUUCUUCUGUGUCUGGAAAGGAGUCAAGUCUUCAGGGAAGGUCGUCUACUUCACGGCUACUUUUCCCUACGUGAUGAUAAUAGCUUUGCUGAUUCGAGGUCUGACGUUACCAGGAGCCUCAGACGGCGUUCGAUUUUACCUCUCUCCCAAUCCAGGCCGCCUUGCGGAUCCUCAGGUGUGGAUGGAUGCUGGAAGCCAGAUAUUUUUCUCCUAUUGUGUGUGCGUAGGUUGUUUGCAGUCUCUGGGAAGCUACAACAAAUACCACAACAACUGCUACAGAGACUCAGUUGCCCUGUGCCUGCUGAACAGUUUAACCAGCUUUGUGGCUGGCUUUGCAGUCUUCUCUGUUCUUGGCUUCAUGGCGAAAGAGUUGAGUGUCGACAUCUCAGCAGUGGCUGAAUCAGGCCCUGGCCUGGUGUUCAUCGCCUACCCUCAGGCAGUAGCCAUGAUGCCUGUUCCCCAGCUCUGGGCUGCAUUCUUCUUUAUUAUGAUCGUCCUCCUUGGACUGGACACUCAGUUUGUGUCUCUGGAAGGCAUUGUCACAAGCAUAUCAGACAUGUAUCCCUCCGUCUUCUUGAGUGGUUCUCGACGUAAACUACUUCUGCUGGCCGUAAGUGUCGGAUGCUUCCUUGUUGGACUGUUGAUGGUCACUGAGGGUGGACUCUAUAUAUUUCAGCUGUUUGACUACUACGCUUGUAGUGGAAUGCCACUGAUGUUUUUUGCAAUUUUGGAACCUGUUUGUUUGGGAUGGGUGUAUGGUGCUGAUCACUAUUACGAUCAAAUUCAGGACAUGCUUGGCUACCGCCCUUGGCCCUAUAUGAAAUACUGUUGGAAGUACAUCACACCAGCUGUCUGCACAGGCAUAUUGCUGAUCUCCCUCAUCAAGUUCACCCCUCUGAAAUACAACAACACCUACCAAUACCCCUGGUGGGGCUACGCCAUCGGGAUAUUCCUUACUCUCUCUUCAGCUCUCCUGGUUCCUCUGUGGUUUCUCUACAGUUUGACUGUAACCCCAGGGACCCUGAGACAGAGACUCAGAGUGUUAUGCACUCCAGCGGAGGUGCUGGGCGGCUCGUCGGCAAAGAGGACGGUCGACUCUGAGGCACGUCACUCCUUCACAAAGAGGGCUCGGUGGACCUGGACCUGGAUCUGCCCCCACCACAACGACGCCAAGCGAGCACCGCCACCAUUACCAAUAAGACUGCUAAAACCUGGACUGUACAACAGAGCCAGGGCCCUCCUGUCCAACGAUGAGCUAGAAGAAGAAGUCAAGCCCCACCCGGCCUACUGCACAGAGUCCUUACCAGCAGGUACAUCAGUCACGUCGGCCGCCCCAAUACUCUCCCCAUCACUCACCUGGACUGGAAUGAAAUAUAGAAGAGACAACGGACACAGAGACAAGACCCUGAGUCCAGUCAUGUUCAUCAUUCAGGCCCCCAUGGUAGAAGUCCCUGAUGGUCAAGGAUCAGGACAAUCAGUUUACAAGCUGUGGACACAGGGAGGGAAGCAGCCACUCGCUUGA